UUGAACUUGACCUUAAUGGUUAAUAAGGAUGCUGGAAAUAGUGGCAAUAAUAAUGAAGGAGGUUGUUCAACUUUAGGACAACAAACUAAGAAGCACUCAGUGACUUCUCAGACUUUUGCUUUGCAAGUUGAGACUUGUUGCUGUGAAGAUCGGUUGGCUAAAUUGGAAAGAAAAAGCAAAAAGAAGGAAUGUGUAUGUUUUUAGUUUUUUUGGUAAUAGUUGGGAGGUCGCCCCUUUCUUCCCACUUCCCUGACCAUUAUGAGAUUUGCUUGAAUAUAAUUUAUUAUAUGUCAAGCGAAAGAGCUCUUCGAACUGGGUCAAUGUUACCAUA